AUGUCUAUUGCUCAUACACCAUCCACUGUCUGUCCCGCCGAGGCAGAUGAUGAGUGUCUCCUCAGACUCUAUACCCUGGUCUAUGAGCCGCGGACCCCAGAUGAAGUGCGUGCGUACAAGAGAGAUCUUGCCGAGGCAGCGGCCAUCCGUGAGAGAAACCGACAACGCCGUCGAGUGGCAUACGCACAACAGAAUAGACAGGGUUCACCACCUUCACAAGAGUCCUUACUCGGGCAUCCGUACAUAGAAGACGACGUCAUGAUAUCCCUUCCCUUGCUUGGCCCUGAACCGCAAGGGCAGAGGUGGCCGAAACAGACCAAGAAAAAGGACUUGGCAAGGCAGAAGAUAGCUAUCUAUUCUUCUAAAAUCAAAGCGUUAUGGCGUCCUGGCCCAGAUGGAAGGACCAACAGGAUAAUUUACUUGUUAGGCGGAUAA